AUGGCGGCGAUUCGCAGCGUGAAGGGCCUGGUGGCGCUGGUGACCGGCGGCGGCUCCGGGCUGGGCCGGGCCACGGUGGAGCGGCUGGUGCAGCAAGGGGCACGCGUGGUGCUGCUGGACCUGCCCACGUCCAACGGGGGCCAGCUGGCCCAGGAGCUGGGCGACCACUGUGCCUUCGCUCCUGCUGACGUGACCUCUCCUGAGGAGGUGGGGACAGCACUGGCUGUGGCCCAGAAGCAGUUUGGCCGCCUGGACCUGGCCGUGAACUGCGCCGGCAUCGGCAUCGCCGUCAAGACCUACAACAGCAAGAAGGACAAAGUGCAUGACCUGGAGGACUUCCAGAGGGUCAUCAACGUGAACCUGGUGGGGACCUUCAACGUGAUCCGCCUCAGCGCGCAGCUGAUGAGCCAGAACAAGCCCGAUGCCGACGGCCACCGUGGGCUCGUGGUCAACACCGCCAGCGUGGCUGCCUUUGAGGGGCAGGUGGGUCAAGCAGCCUACUCGGCCUCCAAGGGUGGCAUCGUGGGCAUGACCCUGCCCAUUGCCCGGGACCUGGCACCGCUGGGCAUCCGCGUGGUCACCAUCGCCCCAGGGCUGUUCUCCACCCCGCUCCUGGCUGGUUUGCCCGAGAAGGUCCGGAAGUUUUUGGGACAGCAAGUGCCUUUCCCAUCCCGGCUGGGGGACCCUGCCGAGUACGCCCACCUCGUGCAGGCACUGGCUGAGAACCCCAUGAUCAACGGGGAGGUGGUGAGGCUGGAUGGGGCCCUGCGCAUGCAGCCCUGA